CCGCUCCAGGUCUGGUGGCAGAGCGGCCGAGUCCCCGGAGCGGCCCGCAGAGGCGGAGCGCGGAGCGGUCUGGAGGAGCUGCCGAGCACCGGAGCGCUGCAUUUCAGCUCAGUUACUUAUGGCUUCCCCUAAAAUUGUUUCCCUCUCUUGGGGACAAAUGAACGUGCAAGGCUCUACCUUAACCUAUAAGGAUUGCAAAGUAUGGCCAGGAGGCAGUCGGGCUUGGGACUGGAGAGAAACAGGAACUGAGCAUUCUCCCGGGGUGCAGCCUGCAGAUGUAAAGGAAGUUGCUGAGAAGGGUGUACAGACUCUUGUCAUUGGCAGAGGAAUGAACGAGGCCUUGAAGGUGCCUCCAUCCACUGUGGAGUACCUGGAGAAACAAGGCAUUGAUGUGCGGGUCUUCCAGACAGAGCAGGCAGUGAAGGAGUAUAACGCCCUGGUUGCACAAGGAGUCAGGGUAGGAGGCGUCUUCCAUUCCACCUGCUGAUGGAGUCCACAGAGGAGAAUAAAUCACUAAACAGCAACGCCUUGACUAUCCCAUUCUCCACCGGGCAUUUUGAAGACAUGUUCAUGUUCUGGGGAUAGAUUGAUGGAGGCUAAGGCAAAGUUCUUCCCUUCAGGUUGCUUAAAUCAGAAAAGAGUGGCAUCUACCGAAGUCUAGUAAUGUAGUAUGUGUCAGGUGCAAAGUGUGAGAAACCUCAUAUAAAAAUAAAGGUUGAAACUUGAAGGCCAAAAAA